UUUGUUGCGUUAGUUGUGAUCCGACGGUGAUCUCGUAAACACUCGUUUCAUUCGGGAAGGUGUUUUUUUGUUGUUUUGCGCGUUUUUUUAUGGUGAUACUAAGCGGAAAGAAGCUCUGCUUAACGUUUGCUGUGGAAUUUGUAUAAAUAAACAAUAUUCAUUUCGAGAAUACGAAACAAUCGACAAAUACGAACGAAAAACUCGAGUACGUUGUUAGGAAUACGGGAGUUCACGUGAGGUGAGAUAGUUUGUUUUUGGUGGUUUAGAGGUGUGUGACGAUCAGGUGGAUUGUGACUUUCUGAUGGAAUCACACCCGGUUUUAAAAUGAUUCAACCUGCGUGGCGCUGGAAGAAGAGAAUCUGGUGACUGUUUUGUACACUGAAUUGGUAUCACAGCCGACGGAGGACGGUGAAUUUCGGCAGUGUGGAAAACGUCAGAAAAAAUUAACAUAUUCACACGCAAGCAGUUUUGAUCCAGCGCACGGUGCGGAGCGCGCAACAGGUUUAGCAGGCCUGAUUGGUUGGUUUACGCGAGGGUGCCUGUGUUUUUUUCUCGGUUGUGCUAGUAGGUAGUGGCUGCGUACGUGUGUGAUGGCAAAGCGCUGACGAUCAAGCGAGCCAGUGGAGAAAUAUAUCCAUGGAAUCGGAGUGGAAGGAAGGUGAAUAACGCGAUAAUAUCGCCGACGUUCAUUUGCGCUCGUGAGACGCGAGGUGCGCGAGCGAUUUCUAAUGAAUUAAUGAUGUGGCUCUAAAGCUGUCCCAUGGUGGAUCAAGUUUUGUACGAUUUUGACAGCUAAUAUUCAUUAGAAAGCCGUCGAGUGGCAUGUCUGGUUACCCUGGUCAAUAACUCCUGGAACCUAUUGUGUAGUUAAGUGCGGUUGUGUGAAUUGAGGCAAGCAGAAAUAUAAGCAAAUAAUAAAUAUUUGUUUGGUUUGGAAGUGGUUAGGGUUUGCGCGAGCGCCACUCAUUGGCGAAGAGAAGGAAGGAACGUAGAAGAAACGAAAAGGCGAUCCAACCUGGCCAAGGUGCUGCAACAAGUGAAUGGAUGGAGUUAACUAGCCUAAGCGAAGGUUUUAUGUGGCAAAGUUUUAAUCACAGCGCUAGGCAAAUGUAAUUGUAUGCUGAUUGAAUGGAAGUGAGCUUGAAGAGUUUGAAUACUGAAAAGGAAGUGAUACAAAUUGUUAUUCGUGCAGGUGUUUGAAGGUGUUACGUUAAUUAGAUUUCACAUUUAUCGAUCGAUUUCGAGGCAAACCAGUGGAAAACAAAACAGAAAGGAGCCAACGAGCCAGUUUUUGACGACUGGGAAGAAACGGACCCAGGAAAGGAAACACAAAGCUUUGGAUUAAUUUUCCCUGUUUCUCGGUUUCGUUAUGUUAUUUUGUUUUCGACAACAGCUUAAAUGCUUCGAUGUCUCGAUGUGUGCGUUGCGAGUGGUUGGUGAGCUCUCGAGCAUAAACACAGUGAUUGAAAAAAUGUGUUCCCAUUGAAUUUGACCGUCAAUAUUUGGAGACGACGAAAAAUUUUCAAUUUCGUUCAAUUUCGGUUAAGUGAGGUUUAAUUUUACUCUCGAUCAGUUGGAGUUUUUUUGCUGUUUUUUUUUUGUUUUGGUGCUGUGAAGAAGUAUCCUCCAACGACGACAAGAGAAGAGAGAGAAAAGAUUCCAGCGGAAUCGAAGAAAAGGAAAUAUUUUUGAUUUUUUCGCUGAGUGGUGAUCAUCGAUCGGUCGGCCCCCUUGGAAUUGUGUGUGAAGUGGAGAAAAUUCGAAACGAUGGGUAGCCGCAACUUGGAGUGUCGUAAAUUUUCACCAAACAUCUUUAACAAGAGCAAAUGUACACACUGUUUUCGCCAGCGCGAGGAGCACAGUGCGGCCGCAUUGGAAUGCAAUCGGGCGACGAGAAAGGUGUCAAAACGCGGAUAUUUAUUCGUGGCACCCGACUGGGACUUCAGCAAUCCGCUCUACAGAACAAAGCGAUGGCAGCGAAGGUGGUUCGUGCUGUACGACGACGGGGAGCUCACAUACUCGGUGGACGAACACCCAGAAACGAUUCCUCAAGCCAUAAUCGACAUGACCAAGGUACUGGAGGUAACCACAGCUGAAGAUGUUACUAGUCAUCCACACUCAAUUGCCAUUACCGCACCGGAGCGGGUCACAUUCGUGAAGGGCACCUGUCCGGAGGAAACCAAGUGGUGGUUCAACGUGCUAUCGGCCUUCCCAAAAUCAAAGGGUCGACACAAACGGAAUGCAACGUUCCCGGGCGGACAAGCAACCACCAUCCUGCAGUCGCAACCUCCAUCAGCCGGUCGGAAUCGGCACAAUUCGUACCACAAAGACAUGCUGCCAUCACCCGUCGUGGCUAAUCUGGAGGCCCUGACGGCGCCUUGCUCCUGGAAUCCCGCGGCCACCACCGACGAGAACAAUCUAAAUGCAAAUAACGAGAACAGCAGCACGGCCAUGACGACGACCGGUAGCAACCUCGGCGGUGGCAGCAACAACGUGAACGCCAAAGUCUACAGCGAUCAGCCCGUUUCGUCGAAAUCGCCACCCACCAGAGAUAAAUUGCAUCCCGAAGGCAAGGCGCAGGCACGUAUCAGGAACCGCAAUCGAUCAUCGAUGGAUGCAACCGACUCAGCAUCCAAAUGCUACCUGUUGGACGACCUUCGACGCGACGAGAAGCUGAAAGAUAUCGCCAAUACGAUCACCAAUGUGAACCGUUGGAGCUCGCCGUGCAUCGUCGACAGUAUUCCAUUGACGGUGGUUGGAGUGUCGCAGGAUGAGAAGCCCACCCGGGACGAGAACACAGUUCCUCCACAGUUCAGUGCCAAGUCGACCGGCCAAAUGCGACCCCAGUCCCUGACGAUACCGUCCUCAGCCCCGGCCAUCGUGUCUGCCAUCGUUAAGAAGAUACCCACCGGUAUCAGUAGUUCCACCAAGUCUGACCUGUCGAAAACCAGCCAGAACACUAUCUCUAGUCCGAAGUUGAAACCUAGUCAAACCCACGAGCGAGGCGAUCCCGAUGGGGAUUGCGGUCUCGACGAUGCCCCUGCUAACUAUCUCUCGAAAAACUCCGAACUCCGGGUUACCAUCCCGUCCACGGAAGAGCUGAUCAACUCGAAAAAAGGAUGGCUCAUGAAGCAGGACAGCCGAUCCAGCGAUUGGAGCAAGUAUUGGUUCUCGCUACGAGGUGCUGCCUUAUUCUACUAUCGAGAUCCGGUAGCCGAGGAGAAGGGUGUACUGGAUGGGGUACUGGACGUCAAUAGCAUAACCAGUAUCACAGAAGUGCCAGUUGCUAGGAACUACGGAUUUCAACUGACGACAUGGGACAACCGACGCAUCGUACUGUCCACGGUAACCAUCAGUAAUCGAAACAACUGGAUAAAUGUGCUCAAGAACGCCGCCGGAUUACCUCAGACCAAAGUUACACUAAAUAACAACAACCUGGGACUAAACAAUCAAAACGAUGAAAACUUCAAAACGUUAACCGACAAACCUCCAUUAGAGAUAGAAAUCAUAGACAGCAACCCAACGCAGGAUAAAAUCGGCAGUCAUAAUACUGGAACCAUUAGCACCCGCAUCAGUACCGAGACUACCCAAGGCGAAGACCAAGUGGACUGCAAGCCCAUCCAAAAAAGUCAGGACGUAGUAGUGCAUCUCACCAAGUCAAGCAGCACCUGCGACGCUCUGAACAACAACCUCCCUCCAAAGCCAUCCAGCACACCGACGGUCACGAGUCCUGUAACGCCCGUAACGCCAAUCACGCCCAAGUCCAUGCUGUUCUCCUCCGAUGAAGAAUAUCGCACUGCAUCGGAAGGAGGUCGCAGAGACAGCGUCGGUGAUUGGGGCUCCCCAGUUUCUCCUUCCCCUCCAGUGCCACUGUCAGCGAUAGCUAGAACCAAAGAUAGAUUAAGAACAUCCCACAACCGGUUACAUAAACGCAGUCGAUCGUCACCCCCGUCCUCGAGGCGUAGCACAAUCGAAAGCGUGCAAUCGGAAGACCUCCCGCUCAUCAACCCCGUUCAGGAAGAAGUUUGCAUGGACAAGGAACUGCAACUGCGAUUGCAAGCUGCCGAAAAAGAACUGUCGAUCCUUCGAGAGGAAACUCACGAGCGAGAAGCACGAAUGUCCGACCUGUUGGCUGCACUCGAACGAACCGAACAAGAACUAACAAGGAAACGAGAAAGCGAAGAAAACCGAGAUAAACUCAUGACGCAACUCGACGCAAGUAGAGCCAAUGCUCAGGAAAUCAUCGACAGGAUAACAGUGGAGCUUGACAAGAGUCGCGAAACAGUGAAAGAGCUGGAAGAUCGGUUGGCACGUGGCAUCGAGGAAAAUGAAUCCCUGUACAAGAAAAUCAGAGAAUUUGGCAUUUCUAGUCCUGCAUCCAGCUUGUGUAGUCUCAAUACAAAAACAGGUAAAAUGCGUCGGAUGGACUCGUUUAGUGAUUUGACAAGCCUGAAUGAGGUUGACCCGAACACGUUGGACAAGGACAUGCUUGCGGAUGAGUACCACGAGCUGAGAGCACGUUUCGAGAAGGCCGUCAGUGAACUCAAAGCCAUGAAACGAGAACUAAAGGACUCUCACAAAAUGUACGAUGACCUUGAGAUUUCAUUUGCCACGUUAAAAAGGGAAAUCGAUCGACAGGCUAAGGAACAGGAGUCACAAUCGAAAAUGAUGGCCGACAGAAUACAGGACAUGACGAACAAGUACACCAACGCCGAGAAACAAGUCAGACUCCUUCGACAAAAACUGGUGAGAAAUGAAAAGCGGAGGUCACUAUCGCUGAAGGGAAAGGAAUCGCUAACGAUUCAGAAGGAACUGGAAGAGAAGGUUACGGAGCUGGAGCAUAAAAUCGAUGCUUUGGAGCAGGGAGCGGUGAUAGCCGAAGCAACGGUGGCUCAAGGAGAAUCAUCUGAACUGAAAAACGUCAAACGAGCGUCCACUCGGUUACGAAGGAAAAGUUUGGAUAGUGCCACAAUCUCCUCACAACCGAUGCAAGUUCUGCUCAGGCUGAAUAACUUGGAAAAACGUGUCGACACUGUUAAAGCAACUGCCGGAGAAAUUUUGACAAUCCCUGGGUCAAGUGAAAGUGUGAAUACUGCUGGUAUGAUAAGCAGCGGAAGCACUAGCAGUAUCAGCAGCGUCGGUGUUGUCAAAUCUACCCCAAGCACUAGUCCAAAGGUUUCCGAGCACCUAAUGGAUCGGUUGAAGAGUUUAGAAGGUGUAGUCAUAUCCGUUCGUGACCUAGUCGACCAGAGUAUGCGUCAAUUCCAGAACCUACGAUCCUCUCGAUCGCGGCGAUCAGUUUCUCCCAUCGCCGACAAAAAGGAUUCGUUCAAAUUUAUCGAAAGGUGCUUAUCGGAAGUUUCCAAAUUGUUGCGGGAUAGCUGCGAGCAUUGCGUCAUUCAAGAUUGUUCAUUGAAUAACAACAUUGUCCUUCUACCGGAAACCAAUCCAAUCAAAUUGGCUCUCACGCAAAUGGAAAGCCAGCUGAAAAAUAAGCUUUGUGAUCUUCUGAAACAACGGCGAAUGCUUCGUGAAACGAAUGGGCUGACACAGAAGAAAGACAUGGAGUUGCUAGCUGAACGGAUCGCCUUCGAAAGCGUUUGCUUUGGCCGGAUGCGGAACGCAUUGGAAAGGGCGGAAGGCAUGAAGGAGCAUGAAGAGAAACAAACCAAAGUAGAGGUAUCUGAAACGAUACAGCUGAUGGCAAUGCUCAAGGCAAAACUGGCCGGAAAAUGUGGCAUCAAGCCCAACAGCAGCAUUGACGUGCUUGCAAGUGUCCUAGCCAGGAAGCUCAUGCUGUCAGCAGGUCGAACCAGUAACAUAAGAUCACUUAACUUCCCUACCAUCAACACUAAUUUGCUGGAUGAUUUACUUCGUCAGCAAAACGAAGUCCACAUGGUAGCUAAACGGUACAAAACGACUGUUAUGGAGAAUCUGGCGUACGGUCUAGCCGCCGAAACGUUAAGUUACAUUUCUUCAUCAAACGAAACCAUUCAGGGAGCCGUGCAGGAGGCUUGGCGACAAGCCCAGGAGGCAGUUAAUGCUGAACUGGUACAGUCUGAGAUCGCUCAUAUUAUGAUGCGAAGUGCUCAACGGUAUGAGAACUCGCUAACACCUGCAUUCGGUUACGCGUUAUCCACUGACGAGCGAAUAACGUUUGAAAACUUUGCUGACGCAGUCCAGGAUGUGCUGCGAAGAGAGAUGGAACUAGCAGUUAUGCAGCUGACGGAAUGCUACGAGGAAAGCCUGGCGAAGAUGAAACGUGGUCAGUGGAGACUCCAUCUAGAGCAGGAACGAAAACCGAGCGAAGGGCGCCAGCUGCUGGCAGAAUUUGCUGACAUUAUUGCACACAAAGCUCUGAUUGAUGCUCGAGUUCAAAUCCUGAAAGGUGAUUACGUCCCUGCCAAGAUCAAACUCAUCAAUGAAGAUAGUAACAACUUUAGCGUUGUUGCGCUGAAGAAAUACGAAAACUUGUACACCGAUCUCACCGCUGACCUCGAAAUCGCCAAUUCGGAUGACAUCCUCGCUGAGGCUGAUUUCAAUUUCAUGUACAAAUUCUUCGUAAAUGAACAUCUUAGCAGCAAAACAGAUAUCAAAGAAAUAUCUUCCACGUUAAACGAACUGGAACGAUCAGUGGUGUCGUUGCAGAAUACAAUGACGCCAGAUAACGUACUAAUCGCCAGUACGGUAGAUGUCGACAGUCUACGAAGCAUUCAUGCUAGGUGUGCGGAGAUUCAAAAUCGAAUAGAUUCCCUGAUUGACACAGCCAAGUCAAUCCAAGCUCAAUGUGAUGAGUGCGACAGGUUGCAAGAUACACUUCAUCAACUAACUGAUCGACAUGAAAUCGACAUCGCUAGCUUGAAGCAACAAAACGAUGAACAGGUCUGUCUGUUAACGAGGACGAUUGAUGAGCAAAAAGAGCUUAUCAAAAGCAUCGAAAGUGAAAAGACCGAAAUUCAAGAGCGGUUGAGAAAUGAGAAAAAUGUCUUGAAACUACGAGAAAAAGAAUUCAAUGACCUCAACAGCAAGCUAAAAGAAUACGAAACAAUGUGCCAUGAGAAGGAUAAGGAAAUCGAAGAUCUGUUGGAGAACUUCGACGAGGAACGUAAAAAGUCGAAGGUGCUGCGCGACAAGUACGAAGAACUGUCGAGCAACUUCCAAAAGAAUACCGAAGAGUAUGCUGAGCUUGAAAAGGAACGCGAUUACCUGUUCGAGCAAAUCCGCAAAGAGAAAGAUCACGUCAAAAAGUUAGAGAAACACCUGGAGAUGCUCGAGGCAGAGCACGCCCAACAGGUGGACAAUUUGCAUGCCGCGUAUCGGGAGCAGCAAAUGGCCAACGAAAUUGACUCGCAAAAGGACAAAGACGACGAAGAUAGCUUGCGACUGAAGUACCAAGCGGAAAUCGAGCAACUGAGGGCUUUAUGUGAGAAGGGACUGGCAGCGAUGGAGGCAUCGCACAAGCGAAUCAUUCACGAUCUGGAGGAGAAGCACCAACACGAGAUUGCGCAGCUGAUAGUGGAAAAGGAGCAAGCACUUGCCGAAGAAACGCAGGCAACACUGGCAGCACUGGAUGCAAUGCGCAAAGCUCACCAGAAUGAAGUCCAGCGAGAAGUUGCUCGGUUUAAGCAAGAAUUUUUGAAGCAAUUUCAGAAAGGUGGCCAAUCGCCAACGUCUGUCAAAGAAAAAGAGCAAGAAUUAGAGGAAGUUCGGCAGGAAAUUCUGUCUUUAUCGGAAAAGUACUCCAUGAAGUGUGUUGAAACGGCUUCGCUUGAAGAGAAGCUAAGAAUUGCAUCGCAACAGCUGAAAUAUUCGCAGCAGCACAUCCAGCAGCUCGAUGUUAGAAACAAACAGCUAAGGGCACACUUUGUGUCGGGUGACUCGACUGAUGCCAUCUCUUCGAUCAGCUCAACGCCGAAGGCAACUUCCCUGCAAAGCUUGCAUGAUGAUGCAAACGUUAAGAAGCCAUCGACCGACGGUAACCGGCAUCAUUCGCUUUCGACGGUGAUCAAAGCAGCAGCCAACAACGGUGGUUCCGCAGCAUCUGGCAGCCACAACAGUCCUUCCUCGGGCCAUUGUUUCGAUAACAGCAGCAAAGAAUACCAUUCUAUUAACAAUAAGAAAGAAUCGCAUCCUAGGUUGAAACUAUGCGAAGGAGCCAAACUAGGCGUAUCUACAGUUUUCCCCAACUCCAUGUCGACCGGGCUCGACUCGGUGAACCUUACGAGCAGUAACAACCGAACCAAAGUUCUAAACUCCAAACACCUAAAUAUGAGCCUUCUCAGCGGAGGAGGAUCAGCACGACACAGCACCAGCACCACCAAUACCAUCUCCUCACCGGCCAGCACUGGCCUCAACACCUCGACUAGCAAUGCAUCGUCGGGCAGCAGCAGCCAAAGUUGCACCAGCAAAACUAAUAAUAAUAAUGAUAACGAGUGCCUAACCGAGCUUAAGCCAGCCAAUAAGAUGAGUUCGCCCCUUCCCUUAGAUGAGAAGGACGUUGAACAAAUUCAUCGUUUCGAAUUGGAAAUCUAAAGAAAAAAAAAGCUUUGCUAAAAAUCACGCAAGCAGCUAAUUGAAACAACAAUCAUUAUUGUUAUUGACACAAACUAAAUGGAUCAGCUUACGAUUGGAUCAAGUCACCCACGCCAAAAUAAAGCACUGCUUAGAGAGUUGCAUUGCAAAUGACUUAGAAUACCUAACUGACGCCUUAAACCUAACCUCACUGUUUUGUACAAUACCCAAGCAGCUUCCUGUUCGCUCCCACCAGUUAUUUGUGCACGCAAAACAAAUUUAUUAAUUACCAAACCUUUCUGUACAUUGCUGCUAUUCGUAUGAAAUUUAAAUCUUAUAUUGAUUAUAAUUAACGUUAUUAUUCAUGUACAGUUAACUAUGUAUAAAACACCCCAAAACAUAUAUAGUAAAAAUUCAUCAUAGAACUUAAGCGUAAAUACUAGCCCUAACACGAUCGCGAGCAGCUGAUCCUAAUCUUUUGACAAUGGAAAGAGUGUUCGUUUAAACCAUAUUUGCUAACAUAAAUUAGUUUUCACAUCCCUAUUCUAGCGUUAGAAACCGAUUCAAGUGUUCACACCUGCCCUACACCAAUUUUAUGAACUAUUCCUGCUCAUUUUGAUAAAGGAUAAAAAAUUAUACGAAAUUAGGCACCGUACUGUUGGGCAGACAGCCAGAGUUUAGUGUUUUACUCGUAGACCUAGAAGAUUAUUUAAUUCGAUUAAUUUUACCACUCUGGUGUAAUGCAGUCUAGCAUACCUCUAUACGUUUAUACCAGGUUCCAUCGCAAGGCCUUCGUUUCCGAGAUACUGUGAAAUGGGUAGGUUUUCGGAAACAUCUACACGCAGUCUUCCCCGUCCCCUUUGUGGUUCUGUUGACUUUAUUUUUUUAUUGAACAGCAAUAAAAUGUGCAUGUUUUUUUGUCAAAAUGAA